AUGUUGGCAGCCUUGCAUGUUCUCAGAUAUUUGCUCAAUGAUCCAGUUCAAGCGGUACUACUCUCCAGCUCAUCUGAUAUGUCUCUCGCAUCAUAUUCUGACUCUGAUUGGGCUGCAUGUGCCAUUUCUUGCAAAUCUGUCACUGCUGAAGCUGAAUACAGAGCACUUCGCAAGUUUCAGCUGAGAUUUCUUGGUUGCUCAGACUUCUGCUUGAUCUUGACUGGUCUGAUUUCUUUACAUUUUAUCUUCAGCUCCAAUCAGUUAGCAGACAUAAUGACCAAAGCUCUUCCUGGUCCUGUUCAUCAUGGUUUACUUUGCAAGCUUGGGUUUUCUUCUGUUGUUUUCCGCCAUAGCCAUCGAGCUUCAAACUUAACAAUUUUAGAUCUCCGCGAAUCUUGGUUUUUCCUUCUUUAUACCAAUUAUCCUGGUUGUCGUAUUGCUUUAAUCUUGAACCUUUCUUUCUUGAUUCCGUUGACAGAUCAUUUGCCUUGA